ACCAUUCGGGUACCAUUCACUGUGUCGUAAUAAUUUAAUCAAUAUGCGAGCGCCCAUCGGAAUUUUUAUCCUUCUCGAUCUCGCACCCGCCCUAUUUUCUUACGAAUAUUCCUACUACGUCUCUUCCCCUGGACAUUUCCAAACUUUAGCGGUGCGAGAUGGUGCCAUAGUGGAUUCUGGACAAAGGCAUGCGAGAACGUAUCCCGGUUUUAAUAAUCCAAGUCCGGUUGACCCCCGACAGUUUGGAAAUCCGAGUCCAGUCGACCCCCGGCGGCAGUUUGGAAACGGAGAAACGUAUCCGGGUUUCGUUAUUGUGCCCAAUGGAGAGCUGGAUCCGGUUUUUCGAGAUGGUCCAGACGGGAUGGUCCAGGGUGGAAGAGCGAGUGGGGUUAAUCCUGGAUAUGAGCAGUUCCAGCCGAGGUACCCUGAGCCCGGAUAUCAAGCAGGAGGUUCACAGUACGACCCGUUCCUAGGACGUAAUCCAGCCUUUUAUCCACACCACGCGAACAUCAAACGCAAGGCUCCGGAGUUGCAGGAGAUCCAGGAAACGACCACCAUAGCAGGAACUCUGGAAACCACCACUUUAAUCAUCGACGAAGAGGGUGAAAAGAAGGAAGAAGUGACCACGAAACUGCCCUGUUUCUUUUGUGGGGUGGACAAAGUGAACCCCAUGGACGGAAUUGAGGGAUCCAUUAGUGAUCCAGAUUCGGAACCAGUGGAACCCAAGAAUGUCAAUCCGGUUUUAGGGGGCGUCCCUCCCCCUAAUAAUGUGGUGGUACCUGCCGGAUUUCCGGUCAAUACCCCCGUUAUUCCUUACUACGUUGUUGUAUAAGUAAAUAUAUUGUUUAUUUUAUUAUUUAUCAUAUAUAUAUAUAAUCGAUAUUGUUGUAAUUUAAUUGGUUAGUGUAGGUAUGAAAUGUGAUAAUUAUAGUAUAUUUAGGA